UCUGACUUACCGUGCACCUUUUCAGUAUUCAUCAACAUUUUACGUGAACGAAACUUGUUGCUGAAAGUGUUUACGGCGUCUUCAAGAGAGAAUUUCAUCCCGAUUUGCUUGUGUUUGUGGCUGAUUCCCCCACCCUCUAAGACGCGCGGAGAGGUUCGACGACUUGGCGCCCAUCCAAUAUGGCGGAUCGAGCAAGCGGAGGAACCUUGCCUGCCUGCCCCACAUGUGGCAACCCCCCGGUACCAAAGAAAAAGAAGAAGAGGAGCCAGGGAAAUAAAGAUCGAAAGAACAAAUACAACCGGGAGAAGAGAGCGUUAAAGAGAAAAAUCGCGAGAAAGGCGAAGGAGCAACAGGUGGAUGGAUCUGUUCCGGAUGGAUGGCAGUCUCUUGUAGUGCGUAUAUCGGAAGAGCCAUCUGUAUCAUCUACUAGUUCCAAUAUUAGUCUUCCAUCGGCAGUGGUAACUAAUCCGGAUGAGUGGCAGUCCCGCAUAGUUCGCGUUAUUGAAAAACCUUCCGUACCGGCGCCCGAUUUGAAUGCCAACGUCUCUUUGGAUCCCAAACGCGUGCGGACUCGCGACCACCAAACUAUCCAACCGUGGGGAACUAAAGAAUGGAAGUCUGCGGAGGAAAUUGAGGCCUGGAAAGCCACUCAGACUACUACCGUAGGUGCUCCAGCAGAGGCGACCCAAGUAACAGCAGAAGAAGAGGUGGAACUUGAUCUGGGGGGUCCGAAAUUUACUGAAUUGGACAUUCAACCACCACCACCACUUAUUCGACCAGACCCAUCGACUUUCUUGUACGAGCGGUAUAUCCAGAACGCCGAGGCAGAGCAACGCCAUCGAGAGAAUAGGUUCGACGAGACACGGAGAAGAAAUAGAGAGCGGAGGAACGGAGCAAGAUCUGAGCGUCAGAAUUUAGUGUGUCCGCAACCACGAGACUCAGCUGGGCGUUUCAUUCGACGACGCGUAGAUCGUGGAGGUAGAGAAGUGGCUCGCAAAUCUACCGGACUUAAUAAGUCGCACCGUUCUCGGCCGUAUUGA